AAAUGUCAUUCAAUUGUCAGAGUGGGCCAUCGCGAAGAUCCCGGGGGUCAAUUCAUCAUCGACGUGGGAUUGAGUCUUUGUUGGAAAAGUUUUCAUUAGACGUUGGUGAUUUCAAUAUUUCAAGGAGAUUCCAGUGAGCCGCAAAAAUGGAUGAGGAUUUGCCGACUGAAUUCGAUUUGGUUGUGGUCGGAACAGGUUUCGUAGAAUCAAUUGUAGCAGCUGCUGCUAGUCGUAUUGGCAAAACUGUACUUCAUAUAGAUCCGAAUGAUUUCUACGGUGGAACAUGGGCAUCUUUCAAUUUAGAUGCUUUGCAAAGUUUCAUCUCUUCAAUCGCAGAAAGUCCCGCAACUGAUGAAUCAAAGCAAUUUAAUUCAAUUAAAAACGCCUCUCAAAUCUGGCAUGUUACCACUCCAACAGCAACACCCGCGGAUGAUGCUAUUCCCGAAGGACAAGAGGCAACUGAGAAGAUUUGGACCAAAGAAAAUGUUCUGAAAGAAUUUCGUCGUUUCAAUGUUGACCUUUCGCCGAAAUUGCUUUUCUCAUGCGGCAAACUGGUGAAGCUUUUAAUAUCUUCAAAUAUUUGUCGUUAUGCAGAAUUCCGAGCAGUUGAUCACGUAUGCACUAUUAUCAACGGACAAACAAGAAGCGUUCCAUGCUCAAGAACAGAUGUCUUCAAUACCAAAGAUCUGAGCAUUGUGGAAAAACGUCUACUCAUGAAGCUAUUGACUAGCUGCAUGGGAUAUGACGAGCAUCCUGAAGAGUUUAAAGACUACGAAGACAAAACAUUCCUAGAAUAUUUAAAGAGUGUUAAAUUGACGGAUAAUAUUAUUCAUUGCGUUCUCUAUUCAAUCAGUAUGAGUAAUGAACAAACAUCGCUAAAAGAUGGAAUCGAUAAUACCAAAAAAUUCUUGAACAGCUUGGGUAGAUACGGAAAUACACCGUUCCUUUUCCCAAUGUAUGGAUGCGGAGAGAUACCCCAAUGUUUUUGCCGAUUGUGUGCUGUAUUCGGUGGCAUUUACUGUCUGAAACGAUCUGUUAGCAAUGUUUCAAUUGCCGACGCAAAGGUUGAUUCGAUAAAGUGCGGAAAUCAAGAUAUCAAAGCGUCGAAUAUUGUUGUCGGCCACGGCAAUAUCUUGCCAGAUUUCAGCAUUCCGGCAGGAGGAACUGGAGUUGGCAAAAAAUGUGGUGGCAUAUCUCGUGCGAUUUAUAUUACAUCUAGUCCUUUAGGAGCCGAAGAAUUGAAUUCUAGUGGUGGGGGCGUUAAUUUUUUGAAACUCACAGACGAGAGUGGAACUGGGGCAUUUGUUUUGCAACUGUCGCAUUAUUCUGGGACUUGUCCAAAAGGAUUAUAUCUGAUUCAUAUUUCUUGCUCGGCAAAAAGCAACAACCCUGAAGCAGACAUUAAACCUUACUUGGACAAACUUCUCACUACCGAUCAUCCGCCAGCUAUUCUUUACUCUAUCUAUUUCACAAUUGAUGCAUGUCUACGAUGCACAUCGGGUGCUUCUAUCACGAAUGAUUCAUUGUCAAACGUUUUCGUAUGCUGCGGACCAUCAUUCGAAUUAGACUAUGACGAGUCCAUCGAUAACGCUGAAGGGAUUUUCAAAAAAAUCUACCCAGAAGAUGAAUUCCUACCCCGUGCACCGGAUCCAGAAGAAAUUGUUAUUGGCGAUGAAGAUCCAGUUUCUGUUGCUGAUGAUGUUAUCACUUUGGAUAGUGUCAAAGAGCAAAUCAUGGAAUUGGAGGCAGGACUUUUGCAUCAAGAAGAUUGUAUGGAGGAGAAUUCUAGAAACGAGGAGAUGGCAAUGGAAGUUGGCGAGGAGUGAAUUGACUGAAAGCGUUUUUUGUUUAAGUUAAGAUUUUAUGCUAUUCAUAUAUGCAACGUUCUUAUGCGAGUAAUUAUGCUUGAGAUUUUUGAAACAAAACACAAUUCAUAUCUGCAUAUAAUCAUGAUCACUGUAAUACGCUAAAAGAUGGUUAGUAUUCAACAGUUCUAUCAAUAACCAAAUCAUCAAAUAUCGCUUAUAUUUUUUUAAUAAAAGGAACAUAUUUAUUUAACAAUAAAUUAUGAUAUACUUAGUAACCAA